AUGCCGAUCAUCAAUCUUGGACCGUUCGGACGCUACCGUCUCUCAAAGCUACACGACACAGCCGAACAACAAAGUCUACUAGAGGAUAAAAAAUAUUCAAAAACUGGUGGCACUGCCUCGAAGUCACUACCUUCUUAUACAUCACAAGGUGAAAACUGCGUGCCUCUGGGCUUGCCACCGAAGGAAAUAAGACACUGUGCUCCUCCCAAGGCUCAAAAGCCAAACAGUCAAGUUCAGCAGCUGCAGCGAUACAUCCUCGAAAUCCUCGCGAUUACUUUCUCCGCAAAUUUCGACACGCUCAACAGGGCUCUCCAGCAUCCAACAUCAGAAGGCACUACUACAAUCCUCUGCGACGAAGAGCGAUCGGAGCUUCUGGCGCUAUCGGGUCUUGUACGCAAAUGCCACGAUCAGCUACAUCGCGUUCCGGAAAUUCGUAUCGAGGCCAAAGACGAGAUGACACUAAGCGACAAGAUCUUCCGGCCCGGCCAGCAACUAGAGUACAACCUGGGCGAGUACGCCUUGGAAUUGAUAGAAUGGUACGGAUCCUACACUCGUGCGUGUGGGAAUAGCCACAGCUGGCAAUACACGAUACCUGGCUAUUGGGAGAAGAACCCUACGAUGGGUUUCAACAAUCUUAAGGAAAGCAUGCGUACGUUCUCUCUGAUCGUAGAGCACACGGCGCCUAGCCAGCAUGUUUUCGACAUUCUGCACGAAGCAUGGGAUGUCUGCCGAGAAAAUCGCGGACUCGAAUGCGAAUACGAAUUCCUAAGGAGCAGCAAUCCGAUCUACUGGGCUAGACGGAACGGAUAUCAUCUCAUGGGAUCGAUUCUGUCGCUGUAUAUUACGACGCUUGAAGUUGCGGGCAACGCGCCGGUGAGGCCGCGAUUUCUGUGCGGAAAGCCACCGCGAUUCCUGUGGAAAGCCACCUGGGGAGGAGGUGGUCGGUAA